AUGGCCAAAGCCGACCUCGAACUCCAGAAGAUCAUGGGCACCCUCACCCACAUAUACCGCAGCAACACCGACCACUCCACGGGCAUAACCCACAAACCCUACGGCGUCGACUGGAUCAAUCUCGAGCGAACCUUGUACCGCCUGCUUGUCCUGCAGGGCAAAGUCCGCAACGGCGAUAAGGUCCCCGAGGAUCCGUGGGAGGUGUUCCUGCGCGAGUUUACGCCGCUGUCGAUCCAGCGUCCUGCGGGAACCAGGCAGCCUUCCACGCCGUAUUUCCCCAGCUCGAUCCUGCGGUCUUCCGUGGAGGGUCAGCAGCAGCGCCAGCAGAGGGACCACGAGCAGCACGUGCGCUUUGAGGUUCCGGCUGUGCGGCGCUCGGGUGAAGAGAGACGGCAUUCUGGUCCCAUUCCGCGGUUCUUUUCAUGUGGCUAA